AUGUGUGCUCGUCCUAACCACAAAAAGAAAGGAUACAGAUGUGGUUCAUCCCAAGUUCGAAUUAAACCUUUCUAAUCCAAUUCCUUUACAUCCUUGGAUAAACAAUUUGUAAUGGCACUCACUUUUAUCUCCCCUUUAUCCAUUAAAUCCUUAACAAGUUGUUCUUCCAGUUCAAAAGCUCCUCCAGUUCGGCUAUCAUCCCUCUCCAACAAGCACUUUUCUGUAGUCUGUCAGAUAGACCCUGCAAAGAGACACCAUUUUCAUGUGGCAAGAAACGAGAGGGGGAGUGCGAAUGGAGUUAUAGGGAGCGUGGAAAUCAUUUCCCGAUUUUAUUAUGUCUUGUAUUCCAAGCACACUAGCUUACUGCAUUGGCUUGAAAAGGUAGGUUGUUCCAACAAGCAAAACAAGACCAAUAAUGCAGAGUCAAAGAACUGGAAAAAUAUUGUUUCAGCAGCAUUGGCAGCAGCAGUUAUAAGCUUUAGCUCUGGCAAUAUGCCUGCCAUUGCUGACCUCAAUAAAUUUGAAGCUGAGACACCUGGUGAAUUUGGAAUUGGAUCAGCAGCCCAAUUUGGAUCUGCAGACCUCAGGAAAGCUGUGCAUGUGAACGAAAAUUUCAGAAGAGCCAAUUUCACAUCUGCGGAUAUGAGGGAAUCUGAUUUCAGUGGUUCAACUUUCAAUGGUGCAUACAUGGAGAAAGCUGUUGCAUAUAAGGCAAAUUUCGCAGGUGCGGAUUUGAGCGACACGUUGAUGGAUCGUAUGGUCCUUAAUGAAGCUAAUCUCAAAGACGCCGUGCUAGUUAGAUCUGUUCUCACCCGCAGUGAUCUCGGGGGUGCCCUCAUUGAAGGAGCUGACUUCAGUGACGCGGUCUUGGACCUGCUCCAGAAGCAGGCUCUUUGCAAGUAUGCAAGUGGGACGAACCCAACGACAGGGGUGAGCACAAGAGCAAGCCUAGGCUGUGGGAACAGUCGCCGAAAUGCUUAUGGCAGUCCCUCUUCCCCUCUGCUAAGUGCUCCGCCUCAGAAGCUGCUUAACCGGGAUGGAUUCUGUGAUCAAGGCACUGGUCUUUGUGAUGUAAAAUGAUAGCAAGGCAUGUUAAUCAGUCCUAUAAAUGCCAUUGAUCACAUACCAUAUCCUGUAUUGAUGUCCAUGUGAGGAAAAUGAAAAAGCAGAACCAAAACUGUACGUCCAAACAUCACAAUUACUGUAUACCACGCGGAACUGAAUUGUACAUCCAUGUGCUAACCCGAAUAUCCAUGUUAAUCGGUCCUACAAA